AUGGAGGUUGCAAGAUCACAGAAAGGGAUUUAUGUGUCUCAAAGAAAAUAUAUUCUCAAUUUACUUAAUGAGAUAGGAAUGUUGGGGUGUAAACUUACAGAGACACCUAUUGUUGUGAAGAGGAAGGGGAAGAAAUUGAAGAAAGAUAUGAAAAAUGAAGAAGAUGAAGUUGAAUUUGAGGAGGAUGAUUGUGAAGAAGAAGAAGAGAAGAAUGAAUCUGUGAAGAAAAAGAGAUACCAAAAGUUAGUUGGGAAACUAAUUUAUCUCUCUCAUGCUCGACUAGACAUAGCUUUUGCAGUCAGCGUUACAAGCCAGUAUAUGUGUGACCCUAGAGAAAGCCAUAUGGAAGCUGUAUACAAAAUCCUAAGGUACUUGAAGGUGACACCAGGCAAAAGGUUGUUGUUCAAGAAGCAAAACCUACAAUCAAUAGAAAUUUACACAGAUGCAAAUUGGGGAGGAGCAUACAAGGAUAAGAGAUCAACGUCAAGCUAUUGCUCAUUUGUAUGGGGAAAUCUAGUUUCCUGA